AUGAUCCAAGAAAACGGCGCAAACCAACGAUUAUCGGUACUUAAUGAGCGACCUUCGAUUCUGAGCGGACCUGACCUCCUCCACGAGCUUGUGCGGCCAUUUGAUUAUGACGCAAGUGCUAUCGAUUUCCUGGAACAUGGAUCGAAAAGGCGGAAGUUCUCCUACAGGAAUCUACAUCUUCUGAGCGAUGUCUUGGCUGGUAGAAUUACUGAAAGACUGGCAAGGCUUGAAAGUGCCUCGUCUAUCAUCCCGGUGUUUCUGCCACAGUCUCCGGAACUAUACAUAGCCCUAUUGGCCGUUUUGAAGGCAGGAAAAGCGUUUUGUCCUCUUAAUCUCGACACACCUACAGAACGACUAAAGUUUAUUCUCGAUGAUAUAUCCCCUGACCUUUUCAUCACGUUCUCGACCUUCGAUGAAGGUAUACGGACAGCCGUCAACACCGAAGUGGUUUUCGUGGACAAGGAACUCUGCGAUCGUGAGGAUCACCUGAUUGUCGAAAUACCAAGGCCGAGUACCAAGGAUCUAGCCUACGUGCUGUAUACUUCUGGCUCUACCGGCAAGCCCAAGGCUGUGAGCGUGUCGCACCACGCAGUCACCCAAAGUCUAUUGGCUCAUAACCGCCACAUUCCUGACUUCGCCCGUUUUCUUCAGUUUGCAGCUCCUACCUUCGAUGUUUCCAUAUUUGAGAUUUUCUUUCCGUGGUUCCGAGGGCGGACGUUGGUUGGCAGUACACGUGCGCAGAUGCUCGAUGACCUUCCAGGAACCAUCAACAACCUCGAAAUCGAUGCAGUUGAACUCACACCAACAGUUGUAAGCAAUCUUCUUAAGGGCAGAUCGAGCGUGCCUGGUUUGAAAUUGCUACUCACCAUUGGUGAGAUGCUUACCCAACAUGUUAUCGAUGAGUAUGGUGGCGACGAAACGAAGGAGAGUAUACUGUGGGCCAUGUACGGACCGACUGAAGCCUCGAUUCACUGCACGUUGCAGCCACAGUUCUCGACAUGCUCACCGAUUAGUACGAUAGGUCGUCCCUUGGAUACUGUUUCGGCUUUUAUUAUCACGCCUCCGACCGGAGAUCUGCCCUUGAUGCCAAUCGAGAUUCUCAGAACCGGGGAGGUUGGUGAGCUCGCUGUCGGGGGACCUCAAGUUGCUGAAGAAUAUUUGAAUCGCCCAGACCUCACUUCUGCGUCGUUCGUCGAACACCCAGAGUAUGGUCGUCUAUAUCAUACCAUGCCACAACUCCCAUCGGGGAAGAUCGACAAAGACUCUCUCGCAAGAGAGUACCUCCGCAAGGCCAACUCUAAUGGAACGCAUUCGUCUACCACCAUCACCCCGGGCGAUCCUGUAAGCCGGUCCAUCCUGAGUAUCGUUAGGCACCAUAUCUCUCAAGAUCCUGAUUUAGAUUUGGGUUUUGCUUUCGCUAGGAUGGAUUCUCUUCAAUCUAUCCGCAUAGCAUCUGGGCUACGCCGAGAGGGAUUCGAGCUGGGAGCAAUGGAUGUACUAUCAGCUCAAACAUUGACAGAUCUCAUCGCGAUAUGUAGAAAGUCUACAACAGCCACUAGUCUACAUGGCUCCACGAAAGACUCUCCAAGGUCACUCGUCUACAUGGAGAUCCCUCAGCUGGAGCGGUGGCGUAGCGAUAUCGCUUGCGUAAUACCUUGUACUCCGUUACAGGAAGCUAUGCUUGUGGAGACAAUGUCUAGACCUACUGCUUACUGCAACUGGAUCGAGGUCGAACUUUCAGUUUCGCGGACGUAUGAAGACAUUCAAGACGCCAUACACUAUUUGGCCAGCAAAACCGAGGUCUUACGUACCGGUUUCUAUGCGCAGUCGCAACAUUCUGGAACCUUUUCUCAAAUCAUUUGGAAAGAACUACUGGCCUCGCAAAUCCAGGAGGUGGACUGCUUCUCUAUGCUUUACACACUGCAGUCUGAGGAAGACUUCCUGCGACCGUUUCACGCGCAAAUAAUGACAAUCUCUGAACGACCUCAUAUAUUGUUCCGCAUGCAUCAUGCUUUAUACGACGGCUGGUCCUUCGAUCUGUUGCUACAUGACCUCGAUACACGAUUGCGUAAUGAGGAAACUGCGUUACGACCACAGUUCCGUGAAGUAGUCCAAUAUUUAUCCCAAGUGAAGCCCGAAGAUCAUCAGGCAUCUAGAAGCUACUGGACUAGUCUCCUCAACGGCUACCUUCCGAAUUCGCUUCCCAACUACCACGGGAGGCUUGUUGGCGAUCGAGUUACACGUCACUUUACUGGGCUAUCUACUAUCGAUCGGUCCCAGCUCUUUCAGCGCGCUCAUGAAAUGGCUAUCAACCCUCAGGUCUACUUCCAAGCUGCUAUUGCAUACGUGCUUAGUCUUUACAGCGGUACAGCCGACGUACUUUUUGGCAACGUUACAUCUGGGCGGACUAUCCCUGUAGCCGGUGUGGAGGGUAUCAUCGGUCCUUGCAUCGCAACUAUUCCCUUCCGCAUAGACCUCGACAACGCUCACAGCACUCAUGAACUUUUGCGUUUGACUCAAGCGUUAAAUCGAGAAAGUCUGAAGCACAGCAUUAUCCCCUUGCGCGAGAUAGCAAGGGCAGGCAAUAUACGACCUGGAACACGGCUUUUUGACGUCUUGUUCGUAUGGCAACAAUCAAUAGCCUCGGAUUCAAACUCGACACUUGCCGCCAGAGUCAUCGAUAGCGCGGACGAUCUUGAAUUCAGACUCACACUUGAGUUCGAACCACGCGAAGAUGACAUAUCGUUUCGCGCCACCUACGAUGCAUCAAAUUUCCCAGAGCAACAGAUAAAAUGUUUGUCGCGCCAGAUCGAUGAAGUAGUGGGACUAUUAUUAGCAAGAACUGAUCACGACGUCGAUAAGAUGAAAUGGUGCUUCACCACGCCUUCUUUGUCAAUCGCCAAUCCUACGCCUCGGCAGCGACCUAUCGAGCGUAGUCCUGCUUAUGCAGUGGAACAAUGGGCUCUGAUGGAUCCCGGAAGGCCGGCUGUCAAAUUCGCCCGUGUUAUACGUGGUGGUGUGGAAGUCGAAAAGGUAGCGACCUACAAGAUGCUGAACUCCCACGCUAACCAGUUUGCCCGCGUACUUGCUAAGCAUGGAGUUGGCAACGAUCAAUUAGUCUGCAUCAUGAUGGAGAAGUCGAUCGAUCUUUAUGUCUGCAUCCUUGCUGUUCUCAAGCUCGGCUGCGGAUACUUACCGCUCGUUCCUGAUACACCAAUCGAGAGAGUCAAGACCAUCUUGCAUGACGCGCGAGUCAAGGUCUGUGUCUCCGACUCCUCGACUUCACUUGAUAUCCGAAAGAAUCUUCGAGUCGAUCUGAUAGACUUCAACGCCAGCCAGCUUUCAGACUACUCUGAUCAAAACUUGAACGUGCCGUACGACGGACAGCAUCUUGCCUACGCUGUGUUCACUUCUGGCAGCACCGGAACACCCAAGGGGGUUCUCGUUACCCAAGAUAACCUCAUGAGCAAUCUGCAGUAUCUUUCGACCAUAUACCCUAUCUCCGCGGAAUCCUGCCUGCUCCAGUCCUGCUCACAGGCAUUUGAUGUCAGUGUCUUUGAGAUAUACUUCUCCUGGUACGUUGGCAUAUGUUUGUGCACAGCGAAGAAAGAUGAUCUGUUCCAUGACUUUGAGGCUGCGAUUAAUCGCCUGGGUGUCACACAUCUAAGUCUGACACCAACAGUCGCGGCAUUAGUGAAUCCGGAGAAUGUGCCGAGAGUCGAGUUUCUGGUGACUGCGGGAGAAGCUUUGACAGAACAUGUUCGAAGAACGUGGGCAGGUAAAGGCUUAUACCAAGGGUACGGUCCUUCCGAAACCACAAACAUAUGCACCGUUCGAGCAGCGGUCACUCCAGACGAUCUCAUCAACAACAUCGGCAUGCCUUUCACCAAUACUUCAGCCUUCGUGCUUGAUCCCGAGAGCGAGGCUAUUCUCCCCCGCGGCGCGGUAGGAGAACUUUGCUUUGGAGGGUACCAGGUCUUCCGUGGUUAUCUGAACCGUCCAGAACUGAACGCCGCAAAAAUCAUCAAUCAUCCCCUCUACGGGAGGUUAUACAGAUCAGGUGAUAUGGGCAUCCUGUUACCUGAUAGAUCCAUACUCUCCAGGGGUCGUUCGGACGAUCAGGUUAAGAUUCGUGGUCAGCGUGUCGAGCUUGGCGAGAUCACAUCAGUCAUGCUCGAUCACCGAUCAGUGCAAGACUGUGUCACUCUUCUUUUACCGCGUCCCAACAAUGCGCAAACACUCGUUAUUUUCUGGGUACCCACCACAGCCGUAUCUGACUGUUUCCAACGCUUAGAACUCACGGAGUUCGAACCGACGAAGUUGGAUCUAUUCGAUCUGUUAUCGCGUCGCUUGCCACCUUAUAUGGUUCCCUCCUAUCUCAUUCCCAUCUCACGCCUCCCAAUGACGAUGCAGGCCAAGAUUGACAAACGCCUCCUCCAAAGCUUGUUUUCGAAUCUAUCGGAAGACCAAUUGGAACUUACCAUGCAACCAACCGACAGCGACGAAGAGCCGGAAACGUCAUCGUUGUGGGAGAAAAACGUAGCCCAUGUUCUUGCGCAGACACUCGGCAUAUCAUCGGAAGACCUUCGGCGGACUUCAUCAUUCUUCAACAUGGGUCUGGAUUCCGUGUCAGCUAUACGUUUUUGUAAUAGACUUCGAAAACUAGACUUAGGCGACUUUACCGUUUCUACGGUGUUGAAGAACUCGUCAAUCGCUCGACUAGCAUCUGCUCACGAUCUGCACUCACGCUCACCAGUGCGAGAAACGACCAAGCCCCCUACCAUCAACCUAGAUAACUUCCUCAAUCCAGGCGAAGUGUCUCGAAUUCUUGCGCGUUAUGAUAAAAGCGAAUUUCAGGUGGCAAGGCUACUACCUUGUACACCACUUCAAGAAGCAAUGUUGUCGAGCGGUGAAUCGUUCGCAGGCUCGGCGUACUGCAAUACGAUGGUUUUCGACGUCAAAGGAGACGUUUCGCGGCUGCAAAACUGCUGGUUGAGCAUAGUCCAGCGACAUGAGAUUCUUCGUACUUGUUUCGUUGCCACUGAAGACCCAUCGUUCGCAUUUACGCAAGUUGUUCUACGCGAUACCGGCUUGAACUGGCACUUCCAUGGCUUUAUAGACAAGGUGCCAUCACAUAUGGACAGCGUUAUCUCCGACCUCCUUCGAGCCGAGAAGCCUCCGGUCUACUUUGCCUUGGCUCAGGAUGGAACGUCCACGAAGUUGCUAUUUAGUUGCCAUCAUGCGCUCUACGAUGGCAUUGCCAUCACCACGCUCCUUAAGGAGAUACAAGACUUGUAUCUGGGCUACAAGCUGCCACCGCCAGUUUCUCACGAUAUGUACCUGCAGCACAUGCUUCAUCAGGAUUAUGCAGAGGGCGAUCAAUACUGGGCCGCUCUAUUAGGGGGCCUUGAGCCUACUCUUUUCCCUAACCUCACCGGUAACAACUCGAGAGCUCUUGGAAAAUCCGCAUCCUCAUCAAGACGUCUACAACUACCGCUCGACAACAUACGGAGAGCAUGUCAAAACACAUCGGUGUCAUUACUGGCGGUAGUACAGGCCGCUUGGGCAAAACUGCUGCACUUCUACACGGGUGAGAACGAUAUCUGCUUCGGCAAUGUUGUCAGUGGGCGCGGCAUUGCCGGAGAUGGCCUCGAGCGCAUCGUCGCUCCUUGCUUUAACACUUUGCCCGUUCGCGUCAACUUCGAUUCCCAACAGUCCAAUGACGCUUUGAUACGCCAGAUACAUACUCUCAGUAUUGAGUCGCUUGCUCACCAGCUGACUCCGCUUCGACGCAUACAGAACAUGGUACUCCAAGAGGGCGGUCGUCUUUUUGACACUCUUGUGAUACUUCAGCAGCCGAGAGCACCUUUGGAUUCUUCCAUUUGGACACUUGAACAAGACCUGGGCGAUAUGGAUCUACCCGUGGUAUGCGAGAUCGUUCAAGAUCCGACCGCGAACACAUUGGAGCUAGUCCUACACUACCAAACGUCACUACUAUCCAAAGCGGAGGCUCUAUUGGUUUUGGAGACUUACGAUGCCUGCCUGUCAUCGUUGAUUGCGUCUCCCGAUGCAACAUCUAUCGACAUCACAAAGUUGCCAGUUCAUCUCCGAGCGGAGUCCAACAUAGAUUUUGAGCGGUUCCAAACUGGAACAGCCUUGCUACAUUCUGGUUUCGAGCUUAUGGCGGCGUCGCACCCAGAACGUGUAGCGCUAGACUUCUUGCUUCCGGAUGGCGGGAGGACGACUUGGUCUUUCAAGACUCUGAACGAAAAUGCAAACAUCAUUGCGCAUACGCUCAUUGGAGAAGGAGUUGGACCUGAAGACGUUGUCCCUAUUCAUAUACCAAAGAGUCCACAGUUCUAUGCAAGCAUACUGGGAGUUCUUAAAGCUGGAGCCGCUUUUGCACCGGUACAUCCCAGUCUACCCAAAGCACGUAGAAAGGUCAUGCUCCAAGAGUUGAAGCCAAAGCUCGUGCUUUGCUCUGAUAAUUCGAUACUUCCCAAAGAUCUAACCGAGGCGAUCAUUGUCAACAUUCAGGCUGUUGCACCCACACUGCAUAGCAAUCCUGUCGUUCCUAGUCUAAGGGACUCGAACCUAGCCUACUGCCUCUUUACAUCUGGCUCCACGGGUGUACCGAAAGCGGUCAGCAUGGAACAUCGCGCUCCAAUCCAAACUAUCCUGAGCUCCAAAUCUCGCGUCCCUUGGAGUUCAUCGUCGCGACUGCUACAAUAUGCGGCUGUGACGUUUGAUAUGUGCUACUACGAUUGUUUCCUGGCCUGGACCUUCGGUUUCACCCUUUGUACCGCGGAACAGAAUGAUUUGUUGAACGAUCUACCUAAAGUCAUCAACUCUCUGCAGGUCGACUUGCUCGACCUUACACCUUCAGUUGCAGUAUCACUCAAGAGGGCGGAUAUACCGAGCGUCAAGUGGCUGUACUGUAUCGGAGAAGCCAUGUCGUCCACCAUCGCAGAGGAAUGGGGAAGUGCAUGUGUCAACUCGUAUGGACCUACUGAAACUGCCUUCUGCACGACUAUAAGCCCUAUCUCAAGCGAUGCAAGCACGUCGGUCAUUGGCAAGCCCUUCCCAACGACGACCUUCGCCAUCUUCUCAUCUCAAGGUGACUCGCCUUUGCCUGUGCUAAGUACCGGUGAACUCUAUAUUGGAGGUGCACAACUCGCGCGAGGCUACUUCGGCAAACCUGGUCUUACAAGCGAGCGAUUUGUCACCUAUCACAGCCAGCGGUUCUACAAAAGUGGCGACAUGGUACGAAUGCUGAGCGAUGGCAACUUCGAAUUCGUGGGACGCACGGACGAUCAAGUGAAGAUUCGUGGGCUCAGAGUAGAGCUUGGCGAGAUCAACCACGUCAUUCAGAAUAUCCAUCCAGACAUCGCUUUUGUGACCACCCAGAUCCUUAAGAGGAGUGAGACGGGCAAAGAGCAGCUUGUAUCUUUCCUAGUCUCGCAUGGCAAGAUCGAGAAGAGGAGACUUUUCGAGCUGCAGCGAGAGCUUAAGAAGACUGCAAGCAACCGCCUACCGUCUUACAUGGUUCCCCAGUUCUUUCUUUUCGUCGAAGAUAUACCGAGAUCAAUGGCUGGGAAGAUUGACAAGAGAGCAUUGGCGAACAUAUUCCAAGACCAUGCGGGUGCCGAUCUCCUUACCAAUGGGUUUCGACAUGAAUUGGAUCAUCGAUGGACUAAGACAGAGACUGAUGUUCGAGACACUUUUGCGCUACUGUCCGAUACUUCACAGGAUGAUAUUGCUCCAGGAACCUCGAUCUACCAACUCGGCCUUGACAGUAUCAGCGCAGUGCAAGUCGCAGCUGCACUCCGGAAACAAGGUUAUCGUGUAAAUGCCACUGAUGUUCUAAAGCAUACCACGUGUGCCGAUCUUGCAGAGUUUAUAGAUCAGGCGAGCCCAUCCGAUGUGUCUACAAAUUCACAAUUUGACUUCGCUGCUUUCGAACACAAAUAUAGGACGCAGGUACUGAGCGAUAACAACAUCCCGGAUAGCGAUGUCUUAGCCCUUCGCCCCUGUACUCCGCUCCAAAACGGCAUGGUAUCGCAGUUCUUGGCUAAAGAAGGAGCUGUAUAUAUGAACUCCCUUCGCCUGCAAUUGGAAUUGGAUGUGGACAUCGAUAGACUUAAGAAGGCGUGGACCCUGACAAUGGAACGCCACAGCGUACUGAGAGCCGGAUUUGCUCAUGUCAAGGAUCCGCUUCACCCAUUUGCUAUGAUUGAAUACACUUCCAAAUCCGUCGACUUGCCGUGGUCUGUCACCUCAAACACUACUUCCGAUUCAAUCGAUCAAUGGGUCCAGCAGCUACAGCACGCAUCUCUGAAAAAGCUGCACUCGCCAGCUUGGGCAUUGCGCAUCGUUGAGGAAAAGGGGUACUAUGCUCUUGACCUGGCCAUUCUACAUGCUCUUUUCGACGCGCAAAGUCUCCAAUCCAUCUUCAAUGACGUUGCUGCUGCAUAUCUGGAUCAGCCUUUACCGUCACCAAGACCUAUCGACGCAGCCAUCGGCAGCAUCCUUCAGUUUAGCGGUACAAACACCGCCGAUCGAAAGAUAUUCUGGGCUGGCCUUGGGAAGGCUACAAACACAUGUCGCUUUCCUAACCUUGCACCUUUGAGAUACAGUCCAAGCUCUCCAUUAGUUUACACGCGCCAAUCCGCAAAACCACUUCGUGUCCUAGAAGACGGAUGUCGCAAUGCAAACAUCACCAUGCAGACUGCAGGUAUUGCGAGUUGGCUUUCCUUGUUGAGCGCUUACACUGGAGAAAGCUCAGUAACAUGCGGAGUUGUGCUAUCCGGUCGAAUCUUCGAAGGGGCAGAAGAUGCUGUUUUCCCGUGCAUCAACACUGUACCAGUGGCAUGCACGAUAUUGAGUGAUAAAGUCGCAUUCCUUGACAGAAUCAUGGAGCUGAAUACCGAGAUCCAGCAAUAUCAGUUCACACCGCUCAAGGAGAUCCAGACGUUGAUGGGCUUUCCGAACGAACCACUUUUCGACACAAUAUUUGCCUAUCAGAAGUUUCCUGGUCUUACAGAGGCUAGUACUCUAUGGAAAGUGGUCGACGAAAGAGCGGCCAUCGAGUACCCGGUUUCGAUAGAGCUGGAGCCGGUAGAUGGACGCCUAGAGUAUCGACUCACGUUCUUACCGCAUAUAAUACCAAAAGAACAGGCCAAACUGAUCCUUGAUCAGCUAGAUCAUUUGAUCGAGAGUUAUACUUCGACCAGCCCUGCAGUCGAGACCCGCUGUACGGAGCAGCUCUACUCUAUCACGCCCGCUAAGGAGUCUGAGUUACCGUCUAAUGCUAAGCUACUACACGAACUGGUCGAGCAUACUGCGAUUGAAUACCCUAAGCGCAUUGCAUUUGAGUUCGUGUCAGUGAAUGAUAAAGGGCAGCGGGUUGUUGAGCAAUGGACCUAUGCUGAGCUGGAUGCAGAAGGGAACAGAGUUGCUCGCUUACUCACCUCUUACGGGGUUCAGUCAGGUAGCCUGAUUGGUGUGUGUUUCGACAAAUGUCCGGAAGCAUCUUUCGCCAUGCUGGGGAUACUGAAGGCUGGCUGCGGCUUUGUCGCUGUCGAUCCCAGCGCACCUGCUGCACGUCAGACUUAUAUCGUUGAGGAUUCGCGGGCUCAAGCUGUUGUAUCUUUGUCUUCUCAAGCUGCCAAGUUUGAGGGGACCAUCAGUGUGCCUGUACUGAAGCUCGACGAGAUCGACUGGCGUUCGCUAUCUGGCUCUGCGCUUUCGUACAACAACGAGAUAAACCCUCAGGACCGUAGCUACUGCUUAUAUACUUCUGGCACUACGGGCACACCCAAAGGCUGCGAACUGACCCAUGAAAAUGCGGUGCAGGCGCUUCUUGCCUUCCAGCGUUUGUUCGCUGGACAUUGGGAUGAAAAUUCGCGAUGGCUUCAGUUUGCCUCAUUCCACUUCGAUGUUUCAGUACUUGAGCAGUAUUGGAGCUGGUCUGUUGGCAUCUGCGUGGUUUCAGCACAUCGGGACCUCAUCUUCGAAGAUCUGGCGAAGUCUAUUUCUGAUCUCAACGUUACCCACAUUGAUCUGACGCCUAGUCUUGCCCAGAUCCUCCACCCGGAUGAAGUACCCAGCCUUUGUAAGGGUGUCUUCAUCACUGGUGGCGAGAGUCUGAAACAAGAGAUUCUCGAUGUGUGGGGUCCAAAGGCUGUCAUCUAUAACGGGUAUGGGCCAACAGAAGCAACGAUAGGAUGCACAAUGUACCCACGCGUUCCGGCCAACGGCAAACCCUCGAAUAUUGGUCCUCAGUUCGACAAUGUCGGAUCUUUAGUCCUUCACGCAGGUUCCGACGCCCCAGUUCUACGAGGUGGUGUUGGUGAACUCUGCGUCUCAGGCAAACUCGUUGGCAAAGGCUACCUCAAUCGUCCUCAGCUAACUGCGGAGCGCUUCCCUUAUCUAGAGCGUUUCAACGAGCGUGUAUAUCGGACUGGUGAUCUAGUUAGAGUACUGCACGACGGCACAUUCGACUUCCUGGGACGUGCAGACGAUCAGGUGAAGUUGCGUGGUCAACGCCUCGAGGUGGCUGAAAUCAACUCGGUCAUUAAACAGUCCAGCAAGACGAUUUCUGAUGUUGCAACACUAGUACUGAAGCAUCCAAAGCAGCAGAAAGAGCAACUGGUGGCUUUCUUGGUGUGUGGCAAACUCUCCAGGGCUCAACUUCAGGUCCGACUGGACGAUGUCGAAGGGAUGGCGAGUGCGAAGGAAGCUUGUCACGAGAGGCUUCCUCCAUACAUGGUCCCCACGCACUUUGUUCCUCUCACUGCAAUGCCACUGAACAUCAACAACAAGGCAGACGCUAAGAAGCUAAAAGAGCUUUACGAAGCACUUUCCUCUCGCGAACUGCAGGUGAUAUCAGCCAACACAAUCGACCGAGACGAAUCCUGGUCAAAACAUGAUGAGAAGCUCCGUCAUGUACUCUCUCGAACACUGGACGUGAGCGAGGAGUCUAUUGGCAAGGAUACCAGCUUAUAUGAGCUAGGUAUGGACUCAAUUUCUGUGAUCGGAGUAUCGCGUACACUCAAGCAGGUCGGCUUCGAAACCGCCAGUGCAUCUUUAGUAAUGCGCUGUCCUACCAUUCGUCGUCUUGCGAAAGCCUUCAACGCUGGCAGUCCUGUCAAUCGAGGCCAUGGAUCUUUUCUCGCAGCACAACAAGCUAUCCACGCAGUUCAACAUCGCUACAAACAUUCCAUCGCACAGUCACUAUCGAUCGAAUCUAGUAGGAUCGACAUUGUCGCGCCAUGUACUCCUUUGCAACAAGGUAUGAUUGCGAGGACUUUGGAAAGCGAUAACGGGUUGUAUUUCAACACCUUCCAAUUCCGGUUACAUGACAGCAUCAACGAACAGAAACUCCAAGCGGCAUGGGAAAGCGUGCAUACUUUAACCCCGAUACUGCGCACGGUCUUCGUCAACACAGAAGAAGGUUAUGUGCAAGCAGUUCUUGGUGGCGUCCCUUUUCAUGGAAUAACGCGAACCUCAGCCGCAGACCAACAUCUUGCCGAGCACACUGAAAAUUUGCGACACAGCUGGCUGGAGCUCAACAAAUCCCAGCUCAUACAUCCCUUUGAGCUGCGUCUUGUCGCUACCCCAACGCAGAAGCUGCUGGUCAUACAUAUCUUCCAUGCACUCUACGACGGCAACAGUAUCGAAUUAAUCUUCCAAGCUGUAUGGAACUACUACAACGACAAGGACCCGAAGUCUGCCGCACCUGCCUUCCAUACUGCACUCGCCUAUGGCCCGCUGAACGUCGCAGACGGAGCGAAGAAGUUUUGGCAAGAUCAUCUGACUCAGAGGUCUUCUCCUUUACCCGCUGUUUCCAGCGAGUCAACCAAAAGGGCUGUCGUGGUUACCCGUAUACUACAUGCAUUGACAGACUUUGAUUCUGUAAGACGUCAACUCAACGUUACGGCGCAAGCCGUCGCUCAAGCUUGCUGGCUGUUCGUACUUCAAGAGCAUAUCAGAGGUCCUGUGACGGCUGGAAUUAUCGUUUCUGGACGUAGCAUUGACCUAGAAGGUGCAGAUCUCAUCAUAGGCCCGAUGUUCAAUACCAUCCCAUAUCAGCAUCGCGCUCAACACUGCGAAUCUUGGGCAUCGAUUAUCAAGAGAGUGCAUGACUUCAACGUUGAAGCUCAUCCCUAUCAGCACACGCCACUAAGAGACGUCAUGAAGUGGUGCAAGAGAACUCCGAAUCAACCGCUGUUUGACAAUCUCUUUGCAUACCAAAUCACACAAGGAGACGAAGAGUGGGCAAGGAACGAUGUUUGGGAGAUCCUAGAUGAUGACACUGUCGCUGAUUAUCCUUUGGCUUUGGAAGUCGAGCAGAAGACGGGCGACGUGUUCAAACUGACCUUGGUCGCUCAAGGUCAUGUCUCAGAUGGAAGUUUAGCGAAUGAGCUUCUAGAUCGAUUCGAGGCAGCAUUGCGACAGGUCUUGCAAGAUCCGUCUUCUAUACCGGAAUCGAAUGCUGAAGUGAACGGUGUAGUAGAAAACGGAGCUAUCUUGGAAACGGAAGCGAUCCACGAUGCUGGUGACACGACCAGCUUCGAAUGGACCAGCGACGCGAUCAAAAUCAGGGAAGAGAUCGCUGAUCUAUCCGGUCUGGAACUCGAGGGUAUUAACGAAGCUACUUCUAUCUUUGAGCUCGGGCUCGACAGCAUCGAUGCUAUCAAGCUAUCUUCAAAGCUCAAGAAACGUGGAGUGAAUAUUCCCGUAAGUGGCAUCACGCGCGGAUUGACCAUCGCGAAAAUAGCACAGCAUAUCUCAGCCAGGGAAACACCAGGCAAAGAGUCUACGAAAUCAGACCUUGACCCCUACAAGCAGUCAAUGAGAAGACACCUCGAACAGCAUGCGUUUGAUACGGCCGAUGUCGAAGAGGUGCUUCCCCUUACACCAUUACAAGAAGCUAUGGUGGCUGAGAUGGUUGCAUCAGAAUACACAAGAUACUACAAUCACGAUGUGCUCAGGGUGCAUUCUUGGGUCGAUAUUGAGAAGCUUCGAGACGCUUGGUUUGCAGUCAUUACGGCCUCACCGAUCCUACGAACUGGUUUUGUGGAGAUAGAUGAUCCGGAAAUCGACGGUUCUUUCGCACAGAUUGUCUACCAAAGGUGUUAUAAUUUCUGGUCUCACCUCAAGUUGGAGGAUACUCCUGACUUCACAUCGGUGUUCGAUGAACUUCGACAUGAUGCCGUACGAAGUUCGCUUUCGACACCUACAUUCCGCCUUAGCUUCAUCGAGACUCCCGAUCAUCGCUACCUUGUUCUUUCAAUCGGACACGCCCUUUACGAUGGAUGGUCUCUUAGCUUGCUGCACGCCGACGUGUACCGAGCAUACCAGAAUCAAUUCAUUUCUCGACCCGGCUAUGAACGUUCGUUGGCAGACAUCAUCGCGACGUCCGGAUCUGCUUCUGCAGGCUUCUGGCAAGACUAUCUCUCAGAUGCGAAGCAGAGCUUCUUCCCUCGACGAUCAGACGCUUCUAGCGGAAUCGGCAGCUACGUUCAUCGUCACGAGCAAAACAGUGUAGUGCGGGUAGACAAGCUCCAGGCUUUUGCGAGGAGAAGCAAUGUGUCAUUGCAAACCAUUGGUCAAUCAGUCUUUGCUCUCGUCUCAGCAUUCUAUACCCAGAGUUUAGAUAUUACUUUCGGGUCCGUACUUUCCGGAAGGGACGACGAUGAACGGUCUCAGCUGUUGUUUCCGACUAUGAACACAGUGGCAAUCCGGGCAAUUCUGCACGGAUCUGGGACGGAUAUGCUGCGUUACGUACAAGAAAACUUCAUGAACAUCAAACAGUGGCAGCACUACCCCUUGCGGAAAGCUUUGUCCGCGGCUGGUGUCGAUGGCAGAUUGUUUGGGGGUCUAUUCAUUUAUCAGAAGGGCUUGGAACAAGAGCAGGGCGGGGAAGAAAAGCUCUACACGAGCAUUAAGGGCCAUAGCGACGUCGAAUAUCCGGUGUGUGUAGAGAUGGAAGUGGUGAACGAGAUGUUGGUCUGGCGUUGUGCGGUCAAAGAGGAGGUUCUCGACAGAGAAGGAUCGAAGCAGCUAUUGGAUCGAAUGGACGACGUGCUCCAGUAUUUGAUGAACAGACCAAAGGUGCCUGUCAUCGAGGCUACCGCAAAGGGCACAUCGAUAUGUGGCUUGCCGGCUUUCACUAGAGAACCAUCUCGUACGAUCAGUAGUUCCGAGAAAGUCGACGACAAGGACACUAGGGAUCCAACAAGCACAGAAACAGCUCGCCAAAUCCGCGAAAAGCUAGCUUCAGUAUCGAAGAUACCCCAAGAUGAAAUCAAGAGCGACAUGACUAUCUUCCACAUGGGACUAGACUCUAUCAGUGCGAUCAAAGUAUCUUCUCUUCUCCGCAAACAGGGCAUCAUUCUGAGCGUUGGUGAGAUGCUUCGAGCUGGUACGAUCGAGAAGAUGGCGAGCAUUGUGGAUACGCGUAUGACACGGAAUCCAGACAACAAUACCGAUCUUGAUAAAAUCAUUCAAGAAGCUCUCCAAGGUCUAGACAAAGCAGGAAUCUUGGACCGAGCUUGUGUCGAAAAUUCAAGUGUCACCAAAAUUCUGCCAGUUACCGCCGGACAGCUCUACAUGCUGUCGAUGUGGCUAAACUCCAAAGGUAGCAACUUCUAUGCGGAGUUUACUUAUGAGAUCCAUGGCUUUAUGGAAUUCGUCGAUCUCAAAAAAUCAUGGCAAGCCCUGGUAGCGAUAAGUCCAGUUCUGCAGACUUUCUUCGCAUCAUCUGGCAAUGAACGAAUGCCAUACGUAGCGAUCGUAUCGAAAGAUGCAAAAGGCUCUGUCACAGAUGUCACUGGCGAUGAGCAUGACAACUUCGGCAAACAUAUGCAAGGUAUUGCUACUACACAGCCAUGGGUGCACCUCUUCGCCUCGCAAACGGCGAACGGCUGGGCGUUGAAGCUCAAUAUCCACCAUGCGCUAUACGACGGUGUUAGCCUACCUUUCAUGAUGCAACAGUUUCAAGCUAUCUGCAAUGGUGCCACAACUCCUCUAUCAAACGAUGCAUUCGUCCAUGUUGUCGCUAGCGGGUGCACAGCAUCGGCGAUAAGGGAGAAGCGGGCCUUCUGGACGAGAUAUCUCGCGAACUUGUCCCAAAACCGGCUGCUUCAGCCUUCCAAGAGCCCAGAAACGAGGACAGAGAUUUUUAUCCCAGGCUUGCUGGUGACCUCGAAACUGGAGGCUAUCGCUCGUCAACAUGGUGUUUCAGUGCAAUCAAUUUUCCUCGCUGCGUACGCAAAGAUCCACACCACAAACUCAGCCAGCAGAAACGACGAGGACGUGGUCAUCGGAGUCUACCUUGCGAAUCGCUCGCUACCUAUCAAUGGUAUAGCAACUGCGGUUGUACCUGCAGUCAAUUUACUACCACUACGCGUCAAGACGCCACUCGGUCGAAACCUUGCAGAACUAGCUGGCGAUAUCCAACGCGAUCUUCGAGACAUCAGUAACCCAGCGAAUGCUUCUGCAAGUCUUUUCGAGAUCAGCGAAUGGACUGGUAUCAAGGUCGAUACAUUCGUCAACUUCCUGUCUCUGCCGGAUACACAAGAGAUGGAGGGAGAUGCUCAGACUGAGGAGGGCAUCACAAUCAAACCGAUCCAAUACUGGCAGGAAUCGGUCAGUAAGGUAUCGAAAGCUGAGAAUCGUAGCUCUGAGGUACCUGCCGAGCUUGUGAAUGAGCGCGUUAAUGGAGCGUACUUGCAUGCUAUCGAUGUCGAGGCCACAAUACGAAAUGGCGCCCUGGACAUAGGCAUCUUCGCACCAACUGAAAUGAUGAGCCUACAAGAUGGCGAGGAGCUGGCACGAGAUCUAAAGAAACAACUCGAAGAGCUGUGA